AUGAAGAUGCAAAAAGCCCAAACGUGGAAAAUCGAGAUCCCGGAAGACCUGAAGCCACGGGAGGGAGGAGGUCCUGCGAGGGGACGAAAGAUCCGAAUUACCCGGAACAUCGUGAAGGCGAUUGCCAUUCUGGCAUCUGCUGCCCUUGCCGUCAAACAGAACAUUGAUGCACCUCGAAUGCGUCCGACUGAUUGCAAUUGUCCAAAGAGAUGCAACGUGAUUGACUAUCGCAUCUCUGCCGAUCCCAACCCGGCCUGUCAACUGGAGAUGGGGAAUGUCAAUAUCGGCCUGGAGAAGGAGAAGGUGACUCUGCAUGAUCUGUUGUCCAACAUAGGAGGAAUCGUCGGCGUGUGCCUCGGGAUUUCUCUCAUCACCAUCUUCGACAUCAUCGAUCAGAUUUGCUGCAGCUUUCGCAAUCACGUGGUUUCUGUCUCAUUGGAUUCUCAGUCGACUUGCUUCUCCUCGAAAAUCGGUCAAACUGCGCUGCAGAAGACCAAGGAUAUGGGAAACGACCUGCAGAUGCAGGAGCUUCGAGCCAAGGGGAGUGGAAGCAAGAUGGGCAUGACCAGCAAAGUUAUGAAAGCAAUUUUGAUCUCGAUGUUUGCAGUCCUUGCAAUCUGGCAGGUGGCGAUACUGGUCGAAGAAUAUCUGUCCCACCCAACCCAAACGUUGCACGUGAUGGAAAAUGCCCACAUGAUCCAAACCCCAGCAUUCACAUUCUGCCCCAAGCCGUCGGUGAGAUCCUCCGCUCUGGGCGCCGACGGCUCUCUCACAUAUCGGAGAGGAAUUCGGUCGACGAACACAACCAUGGCCGAGGGUUUCAAGAAUGUCUCCGUUUCGUUGCCGGACGUGCUCCUAUUCGCUCCUAUGAAGUUCGCAAACGCCAAUGAGAAAAUCAAAGUGGAACUCAAAUCCGUCAAUGGGGAAACCAUCCAUGACCUCGGUUCUGAAAUCUGGAGCGAGAGAACGUUUGUUUACGAUGGAUGGACCAGCGAUCCAAUUGGUUCAUAUUAUUACAAGUGCUUCACGUUGCUGCCUGUGAAAAGAGUGGUCACCGAAUCGCUGUCCUGCAUUGGCACCACCUUUCUCUUCGACUUCAGACAGAUCCUCAAAACUUUCGGGAGCUCGUCACAAAUAGAAAUGUACAUCCACGAUCGGAAUGAGAAAUUUACGUUUCUGGGCAUGACCUCGACCAAACGAUUCCUGUUGCGCAACAACACUCUGACAGGCAUCUUCCUCCGCCCGGAGGUCAUUCAUCGACUGAGCCAAAAGGAGGACCCCUGCGUUCCUCACGAGGGUUACAGCUAUUCGAGAUGCAUGGAAAUCUGCUUCUGGGAGAAAUUCUACUCGAGUCCAGAGGUCACAUGUGCCAUCCCUUCCAUCUUGCCUAUGGGAGUCAGCGCCACGAAACCAGAAUGCAAAAAUGGAGAGGACGAAUGGGGCCACAUCAUGGAACUGUGGCGGACCCGCCAAGCACCCUCCGCCUAUCAGGAAACUAUUCCUUGCCGCUGCCUCCAGAGGUGCAACGUGAUCGAAUACCAAGUCUCUGCCGAUCCAACUCCGACCUGCGAGAGUAUGAGGGAGAGAGACGGAACUGCCAUGCUCUACUUCAGUUUCCCGUCGAAAAUGGUUCGUUUCCAUCUCUUCUCAUGUAGGUCCAUCUUCAUUCAGUAA